AUGGCAGCUGCACCAAACGUUUGUGACGGCUGCACAAAAGAUGGAAAAGUAGAAUCAUUUUGCGUCAAUUGUGAGCAGCUUUAUUGCCAGGAAUGUACCGUUUAUCAUAUGAAAUGUAAAGUCACACGUUCACAUAUCUUAAUGGAUGCAUCAAACGUUGACACAUAUAACGCUCAUUCUUCAAUUGAUGUUAAGUGUGGCAAUGAAUGUGGGGAGCAGGCAGUAGUUCUUUGUUUGGAUUGUAAACAGUUACUUUGCAACGACUGUUCAGAGAAGCAUUCAAUGCUUAAAGCAACCAAAGGACAUAAUACAAUAACCGCGAAACAACUUGUUAGAGAAGAAACAGCAUCCUUAUCUUCUGACUGCGUUUACUCUGAACAAACUUCUGUAAUUUCACAUCCACAGGAGUUAGUGCAUGCACAAGUUCAAGUUGAGAAAGGUCCACACUCGGGGACAUUUUUGCAUGAGUUCAUGAGUUCUGCUCCAGGAGAUAAAGAGUUAACUCGAGUUCGUGGAAUAGUGCUUCUUUUCGAUGGCAGAAUUAUUAUAGCCGAUUAUAAAAAUCGGAGUUUGAAACUAUUUAGCCGUGAAAUGAAAUUUGAAAUGGCAAAGGAUAUAAAAGAUGACCCAAGAGGAAUGGUUGCUUCUGCUUAUGAUAAUGUAAUAGUCACUUUUGCUGAUAAGAAGGAAAUACGAAUAUAUGAAAUAGAAAAUAAAAAGAUACGUACUAAAAAAAAGGUAAAUGUGAAAGAAAAACCUUACAGUAUUGCUUAUAAUAAAGACCACUUUGCGGUUGAACACGGUGAGGGAGAAGAUGGCACAAUUCGUAUUUAUGACCAGCACAUAAGAGAAAUCUUUAUCAUACCGGGUAGUACCAGAAGCUUUGGACAAUUUACUGGCAAUACAAUACGCCUUGCCUUAGAUUUAUCAAAAUAUGUCAUAUUUGUUGUAGAUAUAGCAAAGGAGUUGGUCCAUUGUGUUGAUUUUAAAGGUGGGCUGAUCUGGACAGUAAAAGUCGGAAGUCCUAGAGGAAUUGUGUUCCACAAUAACAUGCUAUUUGUUGCCAGCAGUACAGAAAACAAGAUAAUUCAAAUGAAUGCUGUAGAUGGAAUAGUUUACUCUAUGUUAGACGAAGACAAUAGAAUUAGGCGUCCUCGGUACAUUGCCUACAAUCCUGAUUCGAAAAAAAUGGCUGUUGAAAUCGAUGGAAACCAUAUAAAACUGUAUAAUAUUACUGGCUUACAAAAGGGUUUUAACUUUUAG